AUGACUUCUUAUGAUCGGCAUGCAUCCCACGACUCUCCUUAUCGAACGGGUAGACAUGUUCCUCUCAGCCAGAGUCGCCAUGAGCCUCUUACAUCGAUUGCAACAAGCGCCAUUGAGUCGCGACCUGACCUAACGGAAACCUACGAGGAUGAGCAGUCCAAAGGCGCAACGACAUCUAACGGCUGGGCCGGCUCCCCUACUGGAAUUGGCUCCCCUACUCGUCCUUACUCGCCCGGAAUGCGAUCGCUCUCCUCCCAGAAGCGACGCUCGACCGACCCCGGAGUAGAUGGGGCGGCAGAGAUCCAAAUGCAAAGUUUCCAUGAUGGCGCACCGCCACCCCCCCCAGUCGCUCAUUCAUGGAGAAAGAUCGAGCGAUGGCUAGAGAACAACUACGAGGAGCUUUACGAUAAUCUCUGCGAAGGUUGUACUCAGAACGAUAUCAAUGAGUUGGAGCAUGACUUGGACUGUAGCCUACCGUUGGAGGUUCGGGAAUCUUUGAUGGCUCAUGACGGACAAGAGCGUCCAGGCUUGCCCACUGGUGUGGUUUUUGGUUGUAUGCUUCUGGACUGCGAAGAGAUAGUCCAGGAAUGGAAGAACUGGCGAACUGUCAAUGAUGAAUUCCUCAGCUCAUCCGGCAUUAUCAACACUUCUCCCAAAGCUGCAGCAGGCUCUUCUUCGGUUGCCCCUCCAGCUCCUACCACAGGGUCAAAUCCGUUGUGGAGACAGGAUCUUCUCGAGCGACAAGACUCUCAGCCCUCCGGUGCCGUUCAGAAAGCGUAUGCCCAUCCUGCUUGGAUUCCUAUGGCUCGUGACUGGGGUGGAAAUUGUAUCGCAAUCGAUCUUGCACCGGGACCUGCAGGCAAGUGGGGCCAAGUCAUUAUAUUCGGUCGGGAUUAUGACUGCAAAUACGUUGUCGCUCGGUCUUGGGCCUCUUUCCUCGCAGUUAUGGCUGAUGACCUCUGCAGCGGCAAGGUUUCUGUGGAUGAAGAGACGAAUGAACUCAAACUAUUGGAAUUCAAGGCUCAAAAUGUUGAGCCUCCCUAUAUGGAAAUUCUACGCUGGCGUACAGAUCAGAAGUAUGGUCGGAGGCCACCACGUCGCAAGGGCCCUAAUGGUCUUGGACUGAAUACCGGUAGUAAGUCCGGAAAGGAAUCCCCUUAUGGGAGCCCAACCCCCAGUGAAGAACGUGGGAGAUCUCCUCACCGCUUUCCCAAUCGCGGGUCUACUCAAAGUCCCAAGACGCAGUUUGGUAUAUCCAGCCCUCUUGCUCGCGUCACAGAAGAAGCUCCAAGUCCUGUACACACAAAUGCGGAUAGCGACAUAUCAGAGGACGUCGUGAAAAGUGAUGAUACAAAGAAAGCACAAAGCGAAGAUCUGAUGGAAGUGUCGACAUAUGUGGGUAAAGAGGCCGAAGAUGUUGUUGACAAAGGUGCUGAGCAAAAACAGCCGGAGACUGAGAAGAUGCAGAAGCAGGAGCCGACCCAUGGAUCUCCUGGCACUGCCUUGGACGCGGAGACCUUGGGCGAAAUGAAAAACGUGGCUAUCUAA